CGAUUUAUUGUUUCAGUCGACGAAUGCUUUGGCUGACGCCGGUUGUUCAUUCUGAGUUCUGUCGCGGUUACCAUUUGCAAUUUUUCAUAAAACACGUGCACACUUGCUGUGCGACACAAACACAACACAUUUGCGGGCAAUUAACAAAUUCACGCAUUUCCCAAACACAGCAUAGACGGUAAACAACAAAACCGAAAUGUCGACAACAGAUUGUUAUCUUGUGCUGGAGGAUGGCACCAUUAUGCCAGGCUACGCCUUUGGGGCAAAAAAGACGGCCACAAGUGGCGAAGUGGUUUUCCAAACGGGCAUGGUUGGCUACACGGAGGCACUGACGGAUCGCUCAUAUAGCUCACAGAUUCUAGUGUUGACGUAUCCGUUGAUUGGCAAUUACGGAGUGCCGGAUGUGGCUCAGUUGGAUGCACAUGGUCUGCCUGAGCACUUUGAGUGGUUCGACGGUGCUGUCCAGGCAGCUGGUCUAGUGGUGGGCGAGAUUUGCGAGACACCCUCGCAUUGGCGCUCCCGACAGACGCUCUCCAAGUGGCUGGAGGAGCACAAGGUGCCCGGGAUCAGUGGCAUUGAUACGCGUGCCCUGACAAAGAAGCUCCGGGAGCAGGGCAGUCUUUUGGGUCGGAUUGUCUACGAGGAGCCGAGUCAACCGUUGGCUCCCUUCGUCGAUCCCAAUGAACGGAACUUGGCCAAGGAGUGCGCCAUCAAGGAGGCGGUUCUCUAUAAAUCCCCUCAAGCAGGUGGGCCACGAAUUGCCGUCUUGGAUUGCGGCCUUAAGCUGAACCAGUUGCGUUGCCUGCUCCAGCGUGGUGCCUCCGUCCAGCUGCUCCCUUGGAGCGCCCAGCUGCAGGAGGAUCAGUACGAUGCGCUCUUCCUCUGCAACGGACCUGGUAAUCCCAGCAGCUGCAAUCAGAUUGUGGAGCAGGUGCAGCGUGUGCUUGAGGCGGGCAAUAAGCCCAUCUUUGGCAUCUGUCUUGGCCAUCAGCUGUUGGCCACGGCCAUUGGCUGCGACACCUUCAAGAUGAAGUACGGCAAUCGUGGCCACAAUCUGCCCUGUCUGCAUCGGGCGACGGGUCGUUGUCUCCUCACCUCGCAGAAUCACGGAUAUGCCGUUGACCUGAAGAAGCUACCCUCGGAUUGGGAGGAGCUGUUCGUCAAUGCCAACGAUGGCACCAACGAGGGCAUUGUGCAUCGUAGUAAGCCCUAUUUCUCGGUACAGUUUCAUCCGGAACAUCAUGCCGGUCCCCAGGACACCGAGUUCCUCUUCGAUGUCUUCCUGGACGCCAUCCGUCAGCCCGGAUUCAGUGUGCCGCAGCUGAUCGAGCGUCGACUGCGCGUCACCCGGCCCGAUCCUCAGCCGAGACCCCGCAAGGUGCUCAUCUUGGGCUCCGGCGGCCUGUCAAUUGGCCAGGCUGGGGAGUUUGACUAUUCCGGAUCGCAGGCGAUCAAGGCAAUGAAGGAGUGUAAUAUCCAGACGGUUCUCAUCAAUCCCAACAUUGCCACCGUCCAGACAUCCAAGGGCAUGGCCGACAAGUGCUACUUCCUGCCCCUGACACCGGACUACGUGGAGCAGGUGAUCAAAUCGGAGCGUCCAAAUGGUGUACUCCUCACAUUUGGCGGUCAGACGGCGCUCAACUGUGGCGUCGAGCUGGAACGGGCUGGAGUCUUUGACAAGUAUAACGUACGGAUACUGGGCACGCCCAUUCAGUCCAUCAUUGAGACGGAGGAUCGCAAGUUGUUUGCCCAGCGGGUCAAUGAGAUUGGUGAGUGUGUGGCUCCCUCGGAGGCGGUUUAUACCGUUGCCGAGGCUCUGGAGGCAGCUGGCCGUCUUGGCUACCCGGUGAUGGCACGUGCCGCCUUCUCCCUGGGUGGACUGGGUUCCGGGUUUGCCAACAACGAGCAGGAGCUGCAGACUCUGGCCCAGCAGGCGUUGGCCCAUUCCAGUCAAUUGAUUGUGGACAAAUCGCUCAAGGGUUGGAAGGAGGUGGAGUACGAGGUGGUCCGGGAUGCCUACGACAAUUGCAUUACGGUCUGCAACAUGGAGAACUUUGAUCCAUUGGGCAUUCACACCGGCGAGAGCAUUGUGGUUGCUCCAUCGCAAACUCUCUCGGAUCGCGAAUAUCAAAUGCUCCGGAGCACCGCCCUCAAGGUGAUCCGUCACUUUGGUGUCGUCGGCGAGUGCAACAUUCAAUAUGCGCUCUGUCCCCACUCGGAGCAGUAUUACAUCAUCGAGGUGAAUGCCCGCUUGUCCCGCAGCUCGGCACUGGCCAGCAAGGCGACCGGUUAUCCAUUGGCCUAUGUGGCCGCCAAGCUGGCAUUGGGGGAACCGCUGCCGGAGAUCCGUAACUCGGUGACGGGGAAUACGACGGCAUGCUUUGAGCCCAGCUUGGAUUACUGUGUGGUGAAGAUUCCACGCUGGGAUCUGGCCAAAUUUGUGCGUGUCAGCAAGCACAUUGGCAGCUCCAUGAAGAGCGUCGGCGAGGUGAUGGCCAUUGGACGCAGCUUCGAGGAGGCCUUCCAAAAGGCCUUGCGCAUGGUCGAUGGCGAUGUCCAGGGCUUUGAUCCCUAUCUGUCGCCCGUCGACAAGGAUCAGCUGUCGGAGCCAACGGAUCGACGUCCGUUCGUUCUUGCCGCCGCCCUCAAGGCGGGCACGUGCAUCGAGGAGCUGCACGAUCUGACCAAGAUCGAUCGUUGGUUCCUCCACAAACUGCAGCACAUCAUCGAGUUCUAUGGCCAGCUGGAGUCGGCGGGCAAUCAGCUGACGCCCAAGCUUUUGCUCAGUGCCAAGCGUAUGGGAUUUGCGGACAAACAGAUUGCCAUGGCCACCAAGAGCACCGAGCUGGCGGUGCGUCAGCAGCGUGUGGAGCACAACAUCCGGCCGUAUGUGAAGCAGAUCGAUACCGUUGCCGGUGAAUGGCCAGCGAGUACGAAUUAUCUGUACAACACUUACAAUGCAUCCGAGCAUGAUGUUCUCUUUCCCGGCGGACACACGAUCGUUGUCGGUUCGGGUGUCUAUCGGAUCGGCUCCUCCGUGGAGUUCGAUUGGUGUGCCGUCGGCUGCCUGAGAGAGUUGAGGAACCUCAAGAAGUCGACCAUUAUGAUCAACUAUAAUCCGGAAACGGUGUCCACGGAUUACGAUAUGUGCGAUCGCUUGUACUUUGAGGAGAUUAGCUUUGAGGUCGUCAUGGACAUCUAUGAGCUGGAACGCUCCGAUGGCAUCAUUCUAUCCAUGGGUGGCCAGUUGCCCAACAACAUUGCCAUGGAUCUGCAUCGACAGCAGGCCAAGGUGCUGGGCACAUCGCCGGAGUCGAUUGAUUGUGCCGAGAAUCGCUUCAAGUUCUCCCGCAUGCUGGACAGGAAGGGCAUCCUGCAGCCGCUGUGGAAGGAGCUAACGAAUCUUCAGUCCGCCAUCGAGUUCUGCCAGGAGGUGGGCUUCCCCUGUCUCGUUCGUCCCUCGUAUGUGCUGUCCGGUGCUGCGAUGAAUGUCGCCUAUUCGGAUCAGGAUCUGGAGACGUAUUUGAAUGCCGCCUCCGAGGUGAGUCGCGAGCAUCCCGUGGUCAUUUCCAAAUUCCUCACCGAGGCCAAGGAGAUCGAUGUGGACGCCGUGGCGGCGGAUGGACAAAUCCUCUGCAUGGCCGUCUCCGAGCAUGUGGAGAAUGCGGGCGUUCAUUCCGGAGAUGCGACGUUGGUGACACCACCGCAAGAUCUCAAUGCCGCCACACUGGAGGCCAUCAAGCGAAUCACCCGGGAUCUGGCCAGUGUGCUGGAUGUGACGGGACCCUUCAACAUGCAACUCAUUGCCAAGAACAAUGAACUGAAGGUCAUCGAGUGCAAUGUCCGCGUCUCCCGCUCCUUUCCCUUUGUGUCCAAGACCCUGGACCAUGACUUUGUGGCAACUGCCACUCGUGCCAUUGUCGGCAUGGAUGUGGAGCCCAUUGAUGUGCUCCAUGGCGUUGGUAAAGUCGGUGUCAAGGUGCCUCAGUUCAGUUUCUCCCGCCUCGCCGGCGCCGAUGUCCAGCUGGGUGUCGAGAUGGCCUCCACCGGGGAGGUUGCCUGCUUCGGCGACAAUCGCUAUGAAGCCUAUUUGAAGGCCAUGAUGUCCACGGGAUUCCAGAUACCCAAGAAUGCCAUACUCCUAUCCAUUGGCAGCUUCAAGCACAAAAUGGAACUGCUUUCAUCUAUUCGGGAUCUGGCCAAGAUGGGCUACAAACUCUACGCUUCAAUGGGCACCGGAGACUUUUAUGCGGAGCACGGCGUUGAUGUGGAGUCCGUACAGUGGACAUUCGAUAAGACAACGCCUGAUGACAUCAAUGGGGAACUACGUCAUCUGGCCGAGUUUCUGGCCAACAAACAGUUUGAUCUGGUCAUAAAUCUGCCUAUGCGUGGUGGAGGAGUUCGCAGAGUGUCUUCGUUUAUGACCCAUGGGUAUCGCACUCGCCGCCUGGCUGUGGACUAUUCCAUACCGCUGGUGACGGACGUCAAGUGCACGAAGCUGUUGGUGGAAUCGAUGCGAGUGACGGGUCGCAAUCCGGGCAUGAAGACGCACACGGAUUGCAUGACGUCGCGUCGGAUUGUCAAAUUGCCGGGCUUCAUCGAUGUGCAUGUGCAUCUGAGGGAGCCGGGAGCGACGCACAAGGAGGACUUUGCCAGCGGCACUGCAGCCGCAUUGGCCGGAGGCGUUACCAUGGUCUGUGCCAUGCCCAAUACAAAUCCAUCGAUUGUCGAUCGCGAUACCUUCAAUCAGUUCAGGGAGCUGGCACGUUUGGGAGCACGUUGCGAUUAUGCUUUGUAUGUUGGCGCCUCGGACAACAACUGGGAGCAUGUGCAUGAGCUGGCGACGCAGGCGUGUGGCCUGAAGAUGUAUCUCAACGAUACCUUUGGAACUUUGAGGUUAAGUGACAUGGCCGCCUGGCAACGCCAUCUCUCCCGCUGGCCCAAGCGGGCGCCCAUCGUUUGCCAUGCGGAGCGACAGAGCAUGGCGGCCGUGAUGCUCCUGGCCCAUCUGCUCGAGCGUCCCAUUCACAUCUGUCAUGUGGCGCGCAAGGAGGAAAUCCAGUUGAUACGCGCCGCCAAGGAGAAGGGCAUGCGGGUGACCUGCGAGGUCUGUCCGCAUCAUUUGUUCCUCAGCACACGGGAUCUGGAGCGUCUUGGGGCCGGCAUGGCUGAGGUGCGUCCGCUGCUCUGUUCGCCGGAGGAUCAGGAAGCGCUCUGGGAGCACAUGGAGUACAUUGAUGUGUUUGCCACCGAUCAUGCUCCACAUACGCUCGAGGAGAAGCAAUCGGAACGUCCACCGCCGGGUUUUCCCGGCCUGGAGACUAUUCUGCCGCUCCUGUUGCAGGCCGUGCACGAGGGUCGCCUGACCAUGGAGGACAUCAAGAGAAAGUUCUAUCGCAAUCCGCGCAGCAUCUUCAAUCUGCCGGAACAGCCGCAGACGUACGUGGAGAUCGAUCUGGACGAGGAGUGGACCAUCAGCAACAAUGAGCUGAAGACCCGGGCCCGCUGGUCGCCCUUCAACGGCACCAAGGUCAAGGGUCGUGUCCACCGCGUCGUUCUACGUGGCGAGGUCGCCUACAUCGAUGGCCAGGUGCUGGUCCAACCCGGCUACGGUCAGAAUGUGCGUGCCAAGGUGCCGCUGCCACAGAAAUCCGAGACGGAGGGCAGCGAUCUGCCCAGCGACACCGAUGUCAACGAUACGUUCUCUCGCCUCCUGACCGAAGGUGCCGUCGGCUCACGCUCCACCACCGUGCACUUUGAGGAUGACGCCGCGGGCUCAUCUCCGGCGGCGGGCAGCUUUUUGCGUCCGGUGUCGCCAUCGCCCAGGCUCCGUCUCGACUCCUCCAGCAAUGCGACGCUCAAGGAGUAUCUGCAAAAGAAUUCACCCAAUCCCGUGGCGCAUUGCUUGGUCGGCAAGCACGUCAUCUCCGUGGACAUGUUCGGCAAGGAGCACCUCAACGACAUAUUCAAUCUGGCGCAGUUGCUCAAGUCCCGCGUGACCAAGGAUCGUCCGGUCGACGAUUUGCUGCGUGGCAAGAUCAUGGCCAGCAUCUUCUACGAGGUGAGCACACGGACACAGUGCAGCUUUGGCGCGGCCAUGCAGCGUCUGGGUGGUCAUGUCAUCAACAUGGACCAGGUGACAUCGUCGGUGAAGAAGGGCGAGACCCUUGAGGACAGCAUCAAGGUGAUGGCCAGCUAUGCGGAUGUCCUCGUGCUGCGUCAUCCCGAGCCAGGUGCAGUGGCACGUGCUGCUUCGUUCUCGCGCAAACCGUUGAUCAAUGCCGGCGAUGGCGUCGGUGAGCAUCCGACACAGGCGCUGCUGGACGUCUUCACCAUACGUGAGGAAAUUGGUACCGUCAACGGACUGACCAUCACCAUGGUCGGCGAUCUGAAGAAUGGACGCACUGUCCACUCACUGGCACGCCUCCUCACCCUCUACAAUGUCACGUUGCAGUAUGUGGCGCCUCCAGGUCUGGGCAUGCCCGAGGCCAUUAUGCGGUAUCUGGAUCAGCGCGGCGUCACCCAAAGAACCUUCGAUAGCAUUGAGCAGGCGCUGCCCAGCACCGAUGUCCUCUACAUGACGCGCAUUCAGCGCGAACGCUUCCAGACUGAGGAGGAAUACAAACGCUGCUGUGGCCACUUUAUUGUCACUCCCAAGAUGAUGACGCGGGCAAAUAAGCGGACGAUUGUGUUGCAUCCACUGCCGCGCGUUGAGGAGAUUAGCCGUGACUUUGAUUCGGACCCACGUGCCGCGUAUUUCCGUCAGGCCGAGUACGGCAUGUACAUACGCAUGUCGCUUCUGGCCAUGGUCGUGGGAUGUCGCAGCACCGCCCUUUGAGCUCAUUGACAAUUUCAGUUAACCAAUUCAUUUUUUUCUACAUUUUUAUACAUUUGUAUGUAUGUGAUAAGUAUAAAUAUAAACGCAAAUAUAUAUAA